AUGAUGCAGAGCAAGAUGCCAGGAGCUGAGCUCCUUAAUACGAAAUUGUGUGUCAUAGAUCACAUCAACGUGAUUGGACCACACGUCUUAGACCUGCUGAAAAAGCACGUAGCGGACCCCUUGUUGACGAUUUUGUAUCCGCAAGUGGCUCAAAACACCACUUAUCAUGGGGAUUUGUUGCACUAUAAUCCGGCAAGAAGCGAUCGGGUGGAUGGAGUGAACUAUGCUAGUAGCGGCAUGGCAGCUGAUGACGACGAUUUGUACGGCACACCACCUAGCAGUCCCUGUGAAGCGGGCAACUCCUUGAGAAAUGACGACUUGGCGCCUACAGACUAUCGGUACGGAUUCAGCAUUGGGUAUGCGAAUGCGAACCGGGAUAAAGCCAAUGGCAGUAGGAAUAUCAGUCGAGUGGGGCUGGACUGCCAUACGGAUGAUAGUGAGGUAUAAAAUUAGGAACCUGGUGAACUUGUUGAUACGUUGGUUAGUCACCAGCUGAGAGAGUGAAUAAAGAAAUUUUCGUUGUUCAAUCGAAUUUCUCUCUUUGCUGAUUUAAAUCGUUUCUGUUUUUUGGAACUAUAGGGCAGGUAGCUUCUGAUGUUGGCUAUAAGUACAUUCAUCUCCAAGAUGAAAGAAUUAUACGGAGUCCUAUAAGCAGUCCUAAAUCGACAGUCCCUCUAAAUCGACCAUCACAGGUCUCCCUAACUAUCCGUCUUGGGCGUGAGUACGAGGGUGGCGAAGUCGGGUUGCGGUGGAAGAUCGGCGACAAGUUCGAAGGCGAGGAGCAGUGUCUGAUAAAGCAAAAAAAUGGGGAAGGAACCCUGUUCUAUGGUCAGCAGUUUCACGAGGUCCAUCCAGUCACUUCGGGAGAACGCCAGUUACGGCUGCUUGUGGUUAUUCGUUUUUAGUCGCGUAAUUUUGAAUUGCAUCCUCGUGCUAUGAGUAGAAGUAGAAAGAAGUUGGACGAAGACUGUUUCAAAUUAAUGGUUUAUUCUACGAUAAUUGCUUUCUUUGAGAUGAACCUGCUUCUUAUUUGAUCCAGUGAGUGUACUUAAAUUCACAUUCCACAAGAAGUACUAGAUGACAAGCUGACCUUUUUCUAAUCACAAUGCUAGUCGUCUGGUUCCGAGGUGAAAAAACGUUCCGAGCGAACACCUGUCCCUGUUGUCGGAUGCACAGGAGACACGACACCAACUGCGUUCUCUGUUUUGAUGCGCGAAUCAAAGGGACUCGAUCUCGGAGUGGGUCUCAGGACGCUUGUGAGUUGGACGAAAGUGCUAGGGGACCAACCUUGGAUGAAAAAUUGAGAAGGAGUGCUACGCAAUGA